AUGAAGUACGCCUACUUUCUCCUCGCCACCGCCGGCCUCGCCGCAGCCCAGCAAAAGUUCUCCGACGUCGUCCCCAAGUGCUCCAUCGACUGCCUCACCCAGGCCGUCAAGGACGGCACCAAGUGCAGCAGCAUCGACGACUCUGCCUGCAUCUGCGAGGCGGACAACUACCGCAGCAUCUACUCCGUCGGCGUCAACUGCGUCCUCCAAGCCUGCGGCUCUGACGUUGCUAUUGGCCAGCUCCUCCCCGCCGCCGGCAAGUUCUGCCGCGAGGUCACAGGCGGCGCUUCCGCUCCUCCCGUCGACUCUGCCUCUGCCUCUGCCUCCGCCGUCGUCUCUUCCGCCAUUGCGUCUCUGUCAUCUGCUGCCGCCUCUGCGUCCGCUGCCGCUUCCAGCGCGACUGCCUCCAUCUCCGUCACCGCUACCCCGACUGCUGGCGCUAGCGGCGCAGCUGCCACGAUCACCUCCACUUCCCAAGCUGGCGCUGCCCCUACCCUGGUCUCUAUGGGUGCCCUUGGCAUGCUUGCACUCGGUGGACUUGCUGCCUUCUAG